CAUUGUUGCCUGCAAGCAAGCAAGAAGAAAGGAACAAAGGCAGUUAUUGAAGUUCGCGCCCCCCCCCCCCACAACAAGAUGGCGCCUUCGCGUGGCCGCAAGGCGUGCGCGGUGCUGCUGAUCACGGCACUGCUGUCGUCGACAUACAUCUGGGCAGUGCACUGGCGCACAGACCUGGAGGACCACACGCGGCGUGGUCAGCCUGGCUUGGUGGAAGAUGCGCGAACGUCGCUGCGUCCACCGCCGAGAUUAGCCGACAACACUGAUAGCGGUGGCGGCAGCAGCAGCGCCAGGAAUCCGCCGUCCGUGAAGCUCGCCAUCGCGAGGCAUCAGGAGCAGCAGGAGCAGCAGCAAGGUUCACGAGAAGGGAGCAGGGGUGCACGUCAAGGCGACGGCACAGCGCAAAACAGCGUCAACACCACAGCAGGCAUCCAGGAAGCACCACUCCCGGAACAAUGCCUACCACCACCCACGCUCGGGGAAGGUGAAAAUGGCGACGACGACGUCAGAGCCCUUCAGUCCCGUCCGUUCCCUGCCGGCCUGCGGUGGAACCCGUGUCUCAACAACGGCUGCUUCAUGCCAUCUGGGGUCCGCCAUGACCUGCUCAGCCCCCGUUGCAUGGCUGCCGCACUGGCGGAGGACAUGGCGCAGCAACGCGUGGAUGGACCAGAAGUCACGAUCACCCACGUCAUCAAUCCAUUCCCAAACAAGGGCCGCGAUCCGCAAUACUUCUGGACACUGGAUGCAUUGCAGGCCGCACAAGAAUACGCCGCUCCCUUUGGCAUUCGGGUGGAGACGCUUGCCAUCACCUUCCAGAAUGAGCACGUCGAUCUUCCGCCUGGCAUCAAGCCAUUGAAGGUGCUGUGCAACUGGCGCACUGGCCACUGCGUCACGCGCAAGCGCUGGGGCGGUCUCUACACCAGGGAAGACCCCGUCUACGCUGCCAUGCUGCCCGAUGUCUGGCAACUCGGAUACUACUAUGGUCGUGGACGACUGUUCAUUUUCACAAACUACGACAUCAUUGUCCGCAAAGACUUUUACGUCAAGCUGGUGGAGCUGUUCCAACAGGAUGAUUCUGUCACCGUCAUUGACAACCUGCGUCGCGACAUGGUUGUCCCUGUCUCGACCAACAUCUCUGCGUGGACCGUCACUGACAUCUUCAACUGGAGGGGAACGAGCAAACACCCAGGGCACGAUUGCUUCGUCCUGCCACGAGCAAUGCUCCCAUGCUUACAGUAUGGCGAGUUCAUGAUGGGCAUGGGCUAUUGGGGACAAGCGCUCAUCACGUCCAUGCGGCAAAUGCUGGAGCAGUAUGGCCUCAAGAUUUUGGUUGAUACCUUUCACAUCACGCGUCACCUUGGCCAUCGUACUGGAUCCAAAGAGCAGUUUAUUGGUGCAGGCAAGGACUGGAAAGAGGCACACGAGCAGCAGAUGGAACACAACCACUGGCAGCAUGUGAAAAUCCACUUUCGACUCAAAGCCAACCGGGAGUCGCACGAAGCAAACCUCCAGGGUGCGAGGACUGUUGACUACACGACAAUGAAUGUGACGAGUUAUCUCCGCAGCAUCAACCCGCUCGCUGAUGUUGUCCCGCGCGCCCCUCUUCAGGGCGCACCAGCUGCAGGCUUUGAGCGCGUGGGUGCGCCUGCUCACUGCCGGGCGUUCAUGGCACACGUUCCCGCACAGCCUUCAAGACGGCUGCCGCCGCUGCUGUGGAUUGCGCCUGGCGUUGAUGCGGUACAUGUGCGGCGUGUGAUUGAGUUCAGCACAGGGCACCACGUGGGCUCCGCGUACACGCGACCAUCACUUGUCCAUGAGCUGCCGGGCGAAGACCACUGCGACAGAUCGGUGAUCGCGGUGCACGUGGAUGGUGAUUUGCACUCCCACGACGACCUGUUCUCAGCCGCAUUCUCUGGCCAAUGCAACAAGUGCAGCAAAAUGCUUCGGGGCAGGCCAUUUGAGGAGGGCGUGUUUGUUGUGGGCGAUCCGUACGAGCUCAUCAUCAACCAGUUUGCAGCGCUCAAGAGCCAGGAUGUGCGCGGGUUUACAUUAGAAUUUAGUCAGCAGAGCUUUCCAGAGAAAGAGUUUAGGAAACAGUUUCAAAGGGUGCUCAAGUCGCUUGUGUCUGCACUGCAACAAGCGCAACUAUUUACACAACGAGAGGACACACAGGGGAAGAGGGUGGUGGUGUCGGUCGAGGAAAUGUAUGAGCCCGCCGCGUGGCAGCGCGCAGGCCAGCCCGUGAUGCAACUUCUGGAUGCGACUAAGGGUGAUAUGAAGCGAUUGGCAUGUGCACCGGACCUUGCCCGUCGUCCUCUCAUUAUGGAGGUGUACCAGCGGUGGCUGCUGAUGGCACCAGAGAAGGAUGCGCGCGCGCCAGACCCAACUGUUGAAGACCGUGACGAGACACCCCAGCGCACGCGCGCUUUCAAUGUGGACGCGUUCUGGACGCAGAAUCCAGAACUGGCAUGUCAGGUGCACAGGCAGGUGGCACCCCUCUACGCCGCGCUCCGUGCUGCGUACACGUCCCGCUGCCCCGAGGAGCAAGCGGGCUGAAUUGCGGGGCUGCGUGACCGUGAUGUUCACAAGGACGAUCAGAGCAGAUGUAUUGGAGAAGAGUUUGGAAUUGAUUGACCAUUGUCGGCCACAGUCACCGUGACGCGGAAGGAAGAAAUAAACAACCCAACGUAAAUCUCAAUUCAACUCAGCAUGCACACAUGGAGUGUUGUUCUCAAUAAAC